AUGUCAACUACAGAAUCCUUAUCAGAGAAUGGAGUUUCCCGUGAAGCUUUAAAUGAAAAUAGUCAUAAUAUAAUAUUUCAAACAAUAGUAUCAGAAUGGGUAGAAGAUUAUCAUAAUGAUAAUGUUGGAGCCCUACUUGUUUUAAUUAAUUUUAUUAUUAGGUCAUGUGGUUGCAAUAAUGUUGUACAUAAGGAUGCAUUUAAAGAUGAAGAAGAUAAGGAUAGAAUAGAUGAUGAAGAUAUAAUAGUUGAUGUUCUCGAGGAAUUAAAAAAUUCAUUAAAGAAGGAGCUUUUAUCAGAUUAUCCUUUAGUUUCUAAAUCCAAGGAUUAUAAAAAAUUUCGUAAAAACUUUUUGGACUUCUUUCAUAAACUAAUUAAACAAGUAAAACAUUCUGAAUUAUAUCAGGGCGUAUUUUGUGAAAAUAUUCAAGCAUGGAUCAGUAUUAUGUCAAAUUCAGGUUAUCGACCUUUUCGUCAUACCGCUACAGCUGUUUCUCUCAACAUUGUUACUGGUCUGUGUGAAGUAGCUUUUGAUGUUAAACAGGAAUAUAACAUAGCAGAACGUCAAUUAACCCUCGAGCAAUCAAAUAAUAAAAGCUCAAGGAAUACUAAAAACAAAGAUAGAAUAAGUAGUCUAGUUACAAAAACGGACGAAUUAAAAGGAAAGGAAAGAAUAAUAAACUCUUAUAUCCAAGGAUUUUUUGACAGAUAUAGAGAUGUAGAACCUGUAAUAAGAUCUGAAUGUAUCAAGGAAUUAGGCGUAUGGGUCAUCAAACAUCCAGAUUAUUUCCUUAAUGAUACAUAUAUAAGAUAUCUUGGUUGGCAAUUAUCAGAUAAGUCUCCAUUAACAAGACAAGAAUCAGUAAAAGCAUUAUCUCGUCUUUACAAUCAUGAAACCUUUGCAAACGAUCUUCGUAACUUUACCGAAAGAUUUAAGCCAAGACUGUUGGAAAUGGCAUUACGUGAAUCAGAUAUAAUUGUUCGUGCUGCCACAAUCAAUCUAGUUACUCUGAUCAAUGAGAUUGAUUUAUUGGAUAGGGAUUAUCGUAACAAAUUUUCAGUUCUUAUUUAUUCAGAUAUAACAAAAGUUCGAAAAUCUAUUGCUCCUUUUAUAAAAAAUGUUUUAGAAGAAGAUUUUGUAAAAGAUAAAUUAGAAAAAGUUCGAAUAUUCUUGUCUGGUGGCAGCAGCAAUACCAACACCAAUUCUAGUAGCGUAAAAAAUGGUAGAAUUGGCUUGGCUAUAGAAGACUUAUGGACAGAAUUAGAUAUAUUGCAUAAUUGGCAGUCUUUGGCUGAAUAUCUUUCAAAAGAUCAUUCUCUACCAAAUUCUUCAAAGACUAAAAUGAUUGAAGAAUGUUAUAGGCUUAGCGAGCAAGAAGAAUCUGUAUUGAUACAAGUCCUUGUUUCUUGUUUGAAAUUAUCUUUAACAGAUACUCCUCUUUCAAAAAAAAGGACAGAGGCACAAAUUGAAGAGAUACGUACUGACAUAUCACGAACAAUGGUGAAUCUUUUGCCACGCUUUUUAACAAAAUAUGCUCCAGAUGCUGGCCGUAUAGCUGAAACGUUACAGAUAUUACCAUUAAUGAAUGUGAAUGUGUAUUCUGAUUUAAGAAUGACAAACGCAUUUGAAAAACUUGUUGAAGAUAUAAAAAAAUUAUUUCUUAAACAUACCCAUCCACUCGUUCUUGAACGUGCUUCAGUAGUUUUUCAAUAUCUAACACAGUAUGAAAGUUUCAAAUCAACAACAGAAGCAAAUUUAAGUGAAUUACAAGAAGAAGUUAUUAAAACUUUUCAGGAAGAAUGUGCUGAUAAGAAUCUAUUGACAGUUAAAUUUACAAGUGAUCAAGUACAUUCGUUAGGAGUCUGUUUGAAUCGGAUGGAACAAUUGAUCACCAUAGACAAUAAUAUAAUAACCAUUAUUGAAGAUAAUCAUGACAAUGAUAAAGAUAUCUACACUUAUAUUAUUAAAUUAAUUAGGCGUGGCUUAUUGCGUAAUGUUGGAGAAGAAAAGAUUAUAAGUUCUGCGAUUGGAUUUCUUUGGUAUUUUCUUUUAUGGAAAGUAGAUAAUAUUACACCGAAGGAUCAUGAAAUGAUGGAUAUAUCAGUUGUGACAUUUAAUGAUUUGAUUGAUAAAAGAGAACAGAUAGUUAAUACUUUAUUUGAACUUGGAAUCUCAACAACAUCCGAAGCUCUUCGAACUAUCAAAACUGCUGCAUUUAAAACACUGGGAAACAUUUAUUGGCUUUUUUCAAGCAACAUUUUUCAUUCAUCAAAUGGUCCCAGUUUUUCAAAAAUGAGAUUAAUCUGUAGUUCAGAAGUACAAGAAAACAUGAAACGAUUUGUCAAAGAGGAAAUUGAACGAUUUCGUGGUGUGAUAAAAACUGCUCAAUUAAGAUUAGCUGAAGUUAUUCAGAAUGAUGAGGAUGAGGAUGAGGAUGCAAGUGAUCAAGAAGCAGAAAAAUUGGUGAAAAAAUCAUCAAAAAAUGUUGAAACGCUUAUUGACCCUGAAGAAAGAUUAAAAUUUAUGGAGAUAGUUGGCACAUUAUUGAGAGGUGUUCGAGGUGGUUGGUUUCAAGUAGAACAUUCUGCAGUGAUAAUCAGUCAGUUUGGAACACUUGGUAGUGAUCUUGACGAAGUGAUUAAAAAGCUUUUACAAGAUUUUAAAGAACGUAUAUCAAGCGGCGAAGCAAGUGUAUUUGCAAAUGUUUGCAUUGAAUCUUUAAAAAAGUCUCAUCAACUUUAUAUGAGUGGGCGUGUCCAAUCAAUGUAUGGGACAUCAUUACUAGCACGUAUUUGUGCAAAUAUUUUACAAGUGCGUGAUAAUAAUACUAACAAUUCACGCAAAGGUAUAAAUGCAAAUACAAAUGCAAAUAGUCAUCUAGUAAGGUUACAUCGUGGUGGAAUUAUUUAUGUGUGGACAAAUAUACAUCAAUUAACGGAAACUAAAAAUUUUGAAGCUAUUAUAAAGAUGCUUAAAUUUUUUAAAAUACUAAGUCUCCUUGUUGGUGGCAUGAAUUCGAAUGAUGCUGAUAGAAUAAAAAAAAUUGCCUAUAAAGAAUUAACAACACACAAAGUAAAAGAAAACCAAUUGGAUAAAAAUUGGUGUCCUUUUUAUGUUUAUUUGGAUAAAUUAAGUAAAAUGAAAGGUGGCAGUAAAAAAGGCAACGGUAAUUACAUUAAUACCAAUACAAAUCAACCGAUAACAAUAAAUGAAAUAGAUGAUGGUGAUGAGAAUAAUUUAAAUACUACCCAUAUUAACAACAACAGAAAUAAUCAUAUCAACAUUAACAAUUCAACAUCGAUUAAAAGAUCAGCACCA